AUGUCACUGCAAAGGCUAAAUAAAUUUGUCAGAUGUUCGGCAAAUUACAAUGUAUGCCGUUAUGUCAAGUCACAAUUAGAAUUUUCCCAAUUUUUGAGGUUGUCUGUGAAUUCAAAGAACUUUUCCACCGGCCAAAAUAUGUCGUCGAAUCAAAAGGUUUUAAAUUUAGACAAUAUGAACCCAAACGUAAGGAUAAUGGAAUACGCUGUUCGAGGACCGUUACUGAUAAGAGCUACAGAAAUUGAAAAUGAAUUAAAAAAGGGUGUUGAAAAACCUUUUAAAGAAGUGCUUAAAGCAAAUAUUGGUGAUUGCCAUGCAAUGGGACAAAAGCCAAUUACAUUCAUACGCCAGGUUUUAGCUUUGGUAUCUCAACCAGAACUGUUGGAUGAUGAUCGAUAUCCUGAAGAUGUUAAAAAACGUGCAAGAACUAUAUUAGAUGGAUGUCGUGGUGGUAGUGUUGGGUCCUAUACUGAUUCUCCAGGAAUAGAAGUAAUAAGAAAACAUGUUGCCCAAUAUAUUGAACGUCGAGAUGGUAUUCCGUGUGAUUAUUUAAAUGUCCUUUUGUGUGCUGGUGCAUCAGAUGGAAUAAAAGCUAUUCUACGAUUAUUGGUUGCCGAUAUUGAUGGAAAAAAACCUGGUGUAUUAAUUCCUAUUCCACAAUACCCAUUAUACUCUGCUACAUUAGCAGAGUUUAAUGUAAAACAGGUUGGAUACUUUUUAGAUGAAAAUAAAAAUUGGGGUUUGGAUGUGAAUGAAUUAGAACGAUCAAUAACUGAAGCACGCAAACAUUGUAACCCUAGAGCUAUUGUGGUUAUUAAUCCCGGCAAUCCAACUGGCCAAGUACUAACCAAAGAAAAUGUGGUGGAUGUUAUUAAAUUUGCAUAUAAAGAAAAAUUGUUCUUACUUGCUGAUGAGGUAUAUCAAGACAAUGUGUACGCGGAAGGAAGUACAUUUUAUUCAUUUAAAAAAGUGUUAACUGAAUUAGGAUCUCCUUAUAGUGAAAUGGAAUUGGCAUCAUUUAUGUCUUGUUCUAAAGGUUAUAUGGGAGAAUGUGGUCUAAGAGGUGGUUACACAGAAGUGAUUAAUUUGGAUCCGGAAGUUAAAGCAAUGUUACUCAAAUCUGUGUCAGCUAUGUUAUGUCCUACAGUUCUUGGCCAAACUGUGAUGGACUGUGUUGUAAAUCCUCCACAACCAGGUGAACCAUCGUAUGAGAGUUUUCAAGAAGAAAAAAAUAGUGUAUUAAAAUCUUUAGCAGAAAGAGCUAAAUUGGUGGCCGAUACAUUUAACAGUAUUCCUGGGAUGUCUUGCAAUCCAGUACAAGGCGCAAUGUAUGCGUUUCCACAAUUCAAGUUACCUGAAAGAGCAAUUAAAGAAGCAACAAAUCAAGGAAUUGAACCCAAUGCAUUUUAUGCGUUUCAACUUCUGGAAAAUACUGGUAUCUGUAUUGUACCUGGAUCUGGAUUUGGACAAGUUGAAGGAACUUAUCAUUUUAGAACUACAAUCCUUCCUCAGCCAGAUAAAUUGAAAAAUAUGUUGGACAAUUUCAAAGAUUUUCAUUUAAAAUUUUUAGAACAAUGGAAAUAA